AUUCACUGAGCUAGCUAAGAUGUUUAGCUCAGCUGUGUUUUUGGUCCGCCUGUAUUUUGCCGCAAAGCAAACGGAAUCGGUACCCUUUGGAAACGUAUUAUCAGACGAAGAAGCGCAAAUUAUGUAGUCGUUUUCUUUUCAUUUUCAUUCUUACCUGUGUGUUGAUUUAGUUUUUUUGUCUGUGUUCUGUUAUGUUUUGCACUAUUUUCUGUUUUCAUCACCGCACCCACCAUAUUAAUUUUAUUGUGGGCUAGCUAGCGCUGGUAGCUAAUGUUGGCUGUGGAGCUCGGUAGCAGGUGUAACCACAGAUAUAUAAACAUAGAUUCAUAUCUAUAGGUGUAACCUUAUUUGAUAACCGGAGAGUAGGAAACCACGACAAAGCUUUUCUGUAGUCUUAAACAAAGGAGCUCGAUUUUAAUUCUAUUUUCGUAUUUUGCUAAUGUCGAGUCGCUUAUUUCACAUCAUCCCAGCCUUUAUCCUAGUAAGUAGUUAACUAGUCUGGUAUCGUACGGUAGCCAUCAUGACAGGUGAGAAGAUCCGCACCAUGCGAAAGGACCACAACAAACCAAACAAAAAUGACGAGAUAAUGGACACAUACGAUGAGACCUCAAACGGGACCAUCCCCAACGGUACGAGUAACCAUUUCAAAUCGAACAAGGCUUUUCAGAAGUCAGUCAAGCCGUCGGUACUGCAGCAGCAACAGCAGCUCAAUGAAAACAACAUCAACGGGAAUUCGUCAUCAGUUGGUACAAUUGUUAAUGACAAUAACAAGAACCCAAUUAUUCUGACAAGUGAGGGCUUGGAGUUCCCUGUUCAUGAAUGCGUGUUCAGAGGAGAUGUCCGCAGACUGUCCUCUCUCAUCAGGACCCACAGCAUCUCUCAGAAAGACGUACAUGGGAACACACCGCUUCACCUUGCUGUGAUGCUUGGCCACAAAGAAUGUGCCCUCCUCCUUCUGGCCCAUAAUGCACCUGUAAAAGUAAAGAAUGCACAGGGAUGGAGUCCCUUGGCAGAAGCCAUCAGCUAUGGUGACAGGCAAAUGAUCACAGCAAUACUGCGGAAAUUAAAGCAGCAAUCCAGAGAGAGUGUGGAGGACAAGAGGCCGAAAUUACUCAAAGCUCUUAGGGAGCUUGGUGACUUUUAUCUAGAGCUGCAUUGGGAUUUUCAGAGCUGGGUGCCUUUGUUGUCCCGCAUGUUGCCCUCUGAUGCUUGUAAAAUCUACAAGCAGGGAAUCAAUAUCAGACUCGACACCACCCUCAUAGACUUCACCGAUAUGAAAUGUCAGCGUGGUGAUCUCAGCUUCAUUUUCGAUGGCGACGCUGCACCCUCUCAGUCCUUUGUGGUUUUGGACAAUGACGCAAAAGUGUACCAAAGAAUACACCACGAGGAGUCGGAGAUGGAGACCGAAGAAGAGGUGGACAUUCUCAUGAGCAGUGACGUCUACUCUGCAACUUUGUCCACCAAGUCGAUCACAUUCUCCCGCAGUCAGAUCGGCUGGCUCUUCAGAGAGGAUAAAACAGAGAGGGUUGGAAACUUCCUGGCUGACUUCUAUGCAGUGAACGGAUUAGUGCUAGAGUCUCGGAAACGCCGUGAGCACCUCAGCGAGGAGGACAUCUUAAGGAACAAAGCCAUCAUGGAGAGCUUGAGUAAAGGUGGCAGCAUCAGUGAACAGAACUUUGAGCCUAUGAGGAGGCAGUCCCUUACCGCCCCAGCCCCCAACACAAUUUCUUGGGAAGAGUACAUCACUGCAGAGCACGGAAAGCCACCUCAUCUUGGGAGAGAGCUCGUCUGCAAGGAAAGCAAAAAGAACUUCAAAGCUACUGUAGCCAUGAGCCAGGAUUUCCCUCUAGGCAUCGAGUCGUUAUUGAAUGUGUUGGAGGUCAUAGCCCCAUUCAAGCACUUCAACAAACUCCGAGAGUUUGUUCAGAUGAAACUUCCACCUGGAUUCCCGGUCAAACUCGAUAUCCCAGUCUUCCCCACCAUCACAGCAACUGUCACCUUUCAGGAAUUUCGCUACGAUGAGUUUGAAGAGUCCAUUUUUUUCAUCCCUCCUGAGUAUAAAGAAGAUCCCAGCCGCUUCCCAGACCUCUGACCUGUAAACACAUCUGACACAAACAGGAAUUGACCAGCAAAUAUUACUAGAUGGGGGAAAAAAUAAGAAAGGAAAUUAAAAUUGUAAUUGGUAUUGUUUUAUUCCUAUAUAUAUAUGUUUAAAAAAAGGGAACUGGUCUUACUGAUCAGUUAUUGUUCAUUUUUCUGAUGGAUCCAAAGCAAGUCAAUGCAAACACAUUAGAGAGCGCAAUGUCACAUACAGAUGCGUAUCGGCAGUCGUUUUUGUGAAAUGAGUGAUAGCUUUCAUCGUACUUGCUGUCCACACGCUGAGCAGCGACUCUAUUGCUCUGUGCUGCUGUGAAAGCUGUCAGAAGAUGCAGCCUGGACUCUUGAUCGUCACAAUUUUAAUAAUUAUAUCUAGUAUAUCUCCUGCUCUCCAAGGACUGACGAUUGAAUUCUCACUUUUGAAACUGCACUGACAGUCAUCUGUAAAUAUUUCACAUUUCAGCUGUAAUUCAUAGCAAAAGAAUCUAAACUAUAGCUAUAUCCUGGAACUGAGCUUAAUAUUCAUUUAUAAAUGAUGUACUAUAUCUAUAUCUAUACUCAAAGGAGUAACACUGUGUAGCAAUACAUUUCCAGUCCUUAAGAAUGUUUUUAACCAGCUGGGAGAAGGUUUAGCAUAAAACACAUUCUUAAACACUUCAAUAUCCAAGCCUUUUCCCUGGACAGGACGCAGUCUCCUGCAUUUUCAGGUUAGCUCAUGUUACCUCUUGGCCGUGUCCAUGUUUGUCGUAAUAGUAUGAAUUCUGUGUUCGGUGUGAGUGAAUAAUUGUACUGUUACCAAGGGUUGUUGUAUGUGUGUCUGUGUGAGGGAGAACCCCGAUGGGAUAUCAGGUAAACUGUUCUUAGUUUAAUACUGCACUGAUAUAGGUAUAUUUAAGGCAUGCUAUGGCUCUGUUGGCCUGAAGGAUCACAUGCAUCUUUAAGCUAUAUUCUCUGAACAUUUGUUAUAUUACCUGCAGACACAUUGUUAUUUAGACUCAUGGGGAAAAAUUGUAACACUAACUUUGAAAACACCUUUCUAGUGCUUAUAAAACCUCUCCUCCAUGGUAGUCUGCGUGUAUUUUUCCUUUUUAUUUUUUUUUUUAAACCAAGGAGAGAAAAACAAAGCUGUGAAGUUGAUAUUGCUGGAUAUCCCAAAACUGUCACAUGGGAAAUAAUUCUGGUCCACUCAGUUGUCUCUGGCUUUUACAAGUAUGUACUGCAACCAUACCUACUUCACAUCCCUUUAAAUAAAGCACCAGCAUCAUGUUUCAACUGA